AUGACCGACGAUUCCAGCUACGAACUCCCGCACGAAGCGUACACCUCGCACGUCUAUCCCCGCCAGUCGUCUAAUGGUUCGACGGUGAUAAUAUAUGGACAUGAACAGGGCCUGCGUCUUGUCUGGUACGGAGGGAGGUCUUUUAAGCCACCAAAACAAGAGGUGCCGCAUCCAAAAGUAAAUGGAACUACCAAAAGCGAUGCCAUGGUCAUUGACCUCGAUGACGACGACGAUGAAGAGCCGGCCGCAAGACAGCAGCACAAUCCAACUGUAGACUUUGAAGAUUACGAGGAUGAGGUCGACCCUUCUGCUCCUUUUCGAGAUGUCCUUCGAUACGUCGAUAUACCACUAGGCGCCGCAGCCUUGCAGGUGGCAGCACCUCACAUUCCAAAAGACUUUAUACAAGCGCCCACGGAAUCGUGGCCCUCAGUCUAUCUCAAGAGAAUUGUGGUGGCGGUUGCUUGUGCGGAUUCAACUAUCCGCAUCAUAUCGGCCCCCCUCGACCCCCCGGCACCCGAAGUGAAGGAUGUAUCAAAACUUGACGUCCAGAUAGUGAGGAUCAUCGGUCCAAAUUCUCAUCCAGAGUACAUCUCCGACAUCGCAAUCACGCACACUAAGGUGGUGUCAAACGAUCUAGAAGAUAACGAACGGAUCGAGGCCGGGUCACAAUCGAAGCAGAAGUCUACUGAGUCGGAUGCUCAGCAGUGGUCUCUGCUCGUUGCCUCGAUAUCGUGUAGCGGUUCAGGGUUGCUAUUGGUACAUCAAGUCCCAUUGUUGAGCAACAAUGCUCUAGCCACAGAUCCAGAUCAUUUGACACCAAUCCGCAGACAGUACCUACGCUCCUCUUCCAUGAGUGCGAGACUGGUCUUCAAUACCUGUCCAUAUCCCGCCGAACGACAUUCUACCCUACUCAUUGUCCUCCCUGCUGCCUCGUGUGUCAAGCUCUACCAAGUGUUCCCAGUUCACACAAGAGAACGCAGAGGAUCUACCGCAACAGUUGACACUGUAUCAAGCAACCGCUCAUUACGGACUAGUGCCGGCGGACGUGGGAGAUUCCUCAUCACGUUUCUCCCCUCAGUGAUCCAAGCUAACGACACAGCCACACUGAGACGGAAACGAGUCCUUGAUGCUCAGUGGAUUACUGCUGGUCGGGCCGUGAUAGCAUUACUCGAGGACGGGGAAUGGGGUAUCUGGGAUCUCGAGGCAGUUGGCCCGACGUCCAACAGCGCCGGGAGCAAUCUGAUCAGAGGACAAGGAAAUAUCUCUGGCAUCCAUGGUGGAUCACUGACAGCGUUUGCUGUUCGAUCGAAUAUCUUUUCCACGGCAGAAAGGAAACAAAAACCAGCCAACACCUCAAACCAACCUACAACAGGUUCCUUGGUCCCCAUGACGCCAUCAACACGGAGAACGCGAUCGGAGAACCUGUUUCAUGGUCAAACAGGGGAUGACACCACAGCAAGACCAUACAGCCAACAAGGAAGCAUCCACAUCGAGGACAAGUCGUCGAACAGAGGGCGCGACGAGUCUGUCAUCAUAAGCUACGCUGAUGGAAAUGUCUACAUUCCUUCUAUCCUCUCGUUUUGGAAGUCGGAGGGUAAACCGACCCGACUUCCGGCCAUCAGAUACGGAGGACAACAACAACGCAGUAUCAGCCUCUUUCCGAAACCAGAUAACGACAAUAGUGACUCACCUGGCUUGUUUGGCAUUGCCUCCUCUUUCCCAAACUUCCUCAUUCAAACCGAUCACCGUCUCAUUCUUUCAUUGAGCCCACUCCCAGCAGUAUCCACAACCGAUGCAGCCACGCAAACAGAAGUUCGUAUCGCUCCGCCGACCUCAGAUCAAGCCCUUCUCGCCGCUGGGGACCUGGACGUCGACGGAAUGGAUAGAAUACUCGAAGACAUGGGCGCCUCGAAACCCAGGCCACUGAACCUCUUUACGAAGAGCGUGGGAUUCCGCAUUGACGAAGACAUGGACGAUGAAGACAUGGACAUGGGCUCACCCACUCCUGCGAAAUCCUCGCGGCCCAAGCUCGGAAGUGCCCCCAACAGUCAGGUGUCGCAGAGACGUAUCUUCACGUAG